GUUGACGUUAUACACCUGACCAGCCACCCUACUUUUGUUUUUGUUUUAUGUAACCAUACCAAACAUAACAUACUGUAUCAUACUUUGAAAUUUCCCGGAUUAACUUUAGUAUACUACGUCUAGUCUAUGAGACCAGGCUGCAUCCAAAGUAUAUCUGAAACAAACCGAGGAGGUCGUACUUACAAAGAAGUUUACAGGGGAAAAAGGUGGUCCCACAAAAAAAAACUGUUUUAUGAAGCAAACUACCGAGCACUUCAAUCUGCUGUUUUGCCACCGCCUUUACCCGCGAAAUAAAGCCAUAAACUUGUUUCAAUUUACUCCGAAUGUUAUCAGAGACAGACGAUUGAGUAGUAUGCUAUGUUUAUUAUCAACUGGAUUCAACUUUGAAAAAUCCGAACCAAAAAAAUGGAGAGAACAGCUGAGUCCUGUUGUGGAGUCUUGCUGUCGUGUGUAGCUAGCUAGCUAACUUGGAUAUAGCUACGAAUUUCCCAAUUUUCAUCAGUCCACUUCUGUGUGGAGAAGCUAUUUUCUGAGUGGCCUGCCACACUGAUUGCCAUUGAUAAAGUUGGUUCAGUGGGCCACUGCAGAAUUUUGUCAAGAGCAUUGGCUGUCUGCUGUGUCUUGAUGCUCUUCAGUGCCUGGUUGUUACAUGGGCGAUGAAGAUGUCCUGCUGGUCAGGAUUGUGAUGUGAUGGGGUGCAGGACGAGCAAGGUCCUCCCUGAGCCACCUGGAGAUGUCCAGCUAGACUUGGUCAAAAAGGUGGAGCCUCCUAAGACCGACAUCUACAAACAUUUCAUCCGAGACGACGGCAGUGGGAGUAAAAUGGGAGGGGAGAAAACAGGCUCUCUCUCUCCACAAGCCCAGGCAGCUUUCCCAGCUACCCGGGCAUCCCCGGGUACAGGCCAACCAGAUGCCUCAGACCCAUGCAGAAACAAGGUAGCCAAGUACAGAGCCAAGUUUGACCCACGGGUCACAGCCAAAUAUGACAUUAAGGCCCUGAUAGGUCGCGGUAGCUUCAGCCGGGUGGUGCGAGUGGAGCACAAGAGCACGCGUCAGCCCUAUGCUAUCAAGAUGAUCGAGACGCGCUAUAGAGAGGGACGUGAGGUAUGCGAGUCAGAGCUGUGUGUCCUGCGUCGUGUACGCCACACUAACAUCAUCCAGCUGAUGGAGGUGUUUGAGACAGCUGAGAGAGUGUACAUGGUGAUGGAGCUGGCUACAGGAGGAGAGCUUUUUGACCGUAUCAUCGCCCGUGGCUCUUUCACAGAGCGUGAUGCUACACGUGUCCUACAGAUGGUACUGGACGGGGUCAAGUAUCUACAUACACUUGGCAUCACCCACCGUGACCUCAAGCCUGAGAACCUGCUCUACUAUCACCCUGGGGCGGACUCAAAAAUUAUGAUCACUGACUUUGGGCUGGCCAGCACUCGUAAAAAGGGGGAUGAGUGCUUGAUGAAGACCACUUGUGGGACACCAGAGUACAUUGCCCCAGAGAUCCUGGUACGGAAGCCAUACACUAAUGCUGUAGACAUGUGGGCUCUGGGUGUCAUUUCCUACAUUCUGCUGAGUGGAACCAUGCCCUUUGAGGAUGACAACCGCAUGCGACUCUACCGCCAGAUCCUCAAAGGGAAGUACAGCUUCUCUGGGGAGCCAUGGCCCAGUGUGUCCAACCUGGCGAAGGACUUCAUUGACCGUGUGCUGACAGUGGACCCCAGCGAGAGGUUGACUGCAGGCCAGGCUCUGAAGCACCCCUGGGUCGUCAGCAUGGCUGCUUCAUCCUCCAUGAAGAACCUGCAGCGCUCUAUCUCCCAGAACCUCCUGAAGAGGGCCUCGUCACGCUGCCACAGCACCAAGUCUGCCCAGUCCACACGCUCCAGCCGCUCCACCAAGUCCAACAAGGCUCGCCGUGCUCGGGAGAAAGAGCUGCGUGAGCUCAACCGCCGCUACCAACAACAAUACAAUGGCUGAGUAGUAGUUACAUGGGCUGUAAUUUUGACAAACUUGUAAUGUUGCAGGUCUCAUUGAGACCACAAGCAGGGACUUAUCAGCAGUGGCCUAGAACAGCACUUCAGCUCAGCAAUAACUUCAACAUCCAUCCUAGGCCAUUGUGCCACUGAGGCAGUAAACAAAACAUCCUCAGAUUUCACUAUUUUUCCUAGAUUCCUAUUUCCUCAAGUUUCUUUCCUGUCCUUGUGUGUCUCCUCAUAUUUAUUUAUUGUUGUCAUGAUUAUAUUGUUUCCGUAGAAAUGGUCACUUGAAGCUGUCCAUCUAAACGGAUCUGUUGAACAGAAUUCAAGGUAAUGAAGGUUUAGGAAGGGAUGUUGAAAUGCUUUUCCAACACUGAUUCCUAAUUAUUUGCUGUGAAUUUAUUAUGUUACAAGAACAGUGAGUUACUUGUUUUGGUGGAGAUCUAUAUCUGAUUAUAUCUUGAUUUGGACAAAAAAUACGAUGAUACUUUGUGCUAAAACACAAGUAUGUCAAUGAAGGCCAAAAUAAACAUUGAUUUAUUUAAUUUUGGUUUAGAAGUCGUAUAUCCAAUCUUAUUGUAUCCCGACCAGUUGCUUUCAUGGAUUGCAAAUUAAGUCUCUUCCUUGCCAGGAUUCAGUUUUUGCAACCUGUCCAUUCAUGAUUUUUUUCCCCAAUUCGUUCUGGGAUUCUUUUUUAACUGUGAGCUUGAAAGUCUGAGGGAGGUUGACUGGAAACUAAAUAAGGACGGAUGAUCCAGCGCUUUUGCAUCUGUUGUUGUGAGGAUUGAUUAGGCUGAAACAUUGUCCUGUCUCUGCACUCUCCUGCUCCUGCUUUCUGAGAUGGACAGCAUUGUUGUAAUGAAGUAUACACGUCAAGUGAUGUGUAAUUUAACAAACUGAUGGAGAAUAGAUCAAAUAAAUGUCUAACUGAUGGAGAAUAGUCCAAUGGUUGAAAGCUCAGUAUUCAUAAUUUUUUUUGUAUCAAAUAUUUCUUUCCAAUUUGUUCUGAGUAAUGCAGACAUCUCAUGUUUUACUGUAUUUUUUAUUUUUUAUAAAUAUUUUUAUUGAACAAACUAUGUAGUUUGACAACAACUAAAUUUGUGCUGUGGUAGAUGCUUUGCCAGUCGUAAAGCCCACGGACGGCUGUUGGGAGGAGAGACCAAUUCAAAUCUGGCCUUUCUGCACUAUUGUCAAGUCUUAAUCAAGAAAAAUGACCAUAAAAUUAUAGGAUUGAAAAUAAAUCUUAUAACUAUUGCUUUGGUCUUUUAAAUGGAACUCUUCAAUGUUUCAGAGAUUUUAUUAUUUUGGGUGUACCUUGUUAUAGCCUGUGAAUGCACUUAUUUAAGUAGUGGUUCAAGGGACUGAUCUCAUUUAACCCACAGUACCAUUUUGAGGGGUCAUCCAAUAGUGUUUUGAGGGGAUUAAUCAAAAUACUUAUACCUCUGUUUUUUGUUGACAGGCUUAAUUGUAGGUUUUGUAUAUUAAUUACACAUGCUCUUGUUAGUUAGCUCCUUUUGUAGUUAUCUUUUUGUUCUCCCCAACCAAGACACCCAUAUUAAGCGAUCGGUUUGAUUUUGUCAUAUAGACUAUGUACUUUUGAGCAAUUUCCGGUGAGAAGCGCUGGUAUUUUAAAGUUAAUUUUUCAAAGAUACUGGAAAUCCAACAGAGCCGUAUCAGCUUACCUCAAUCUCUCAUUUGGUAAUUCUAUAAUGUUACAUUAUUCUCCAUCUUCACUCAAUCGGUCCUACUGCUGUUAUUGUUUUUUUUUUUACUUGUUGCACAGUAAUGUGCAGUGGUGUCUUCCCCCCACAUACUUGGCCAACUGCACCCUCCCCCUCCCCCCUUUUGUUCUCUGAACAGCCUCAAGUUGUCAUGGCAUGGACUCUAAAAGGUGUUGAAAGCAUUCCACAGGGAUGCUGGCCCAUGGUGACUCCAAUGCUUCCCACAGUUGUGUCAAGUUGGGUGGAUGUACUUUGGGUGGUGGACCAUUCUUGAUACACAAGGGAAACUGUUGAGCAUGAAAAACCCGGCAGUGUUGCAGUUCUUGACACAAACCGGUGCGCCUGGCACCUACUACCAUACCCUGUUCAAAGGCACUUAAAUCUCUUGUUAUGCCUAUUCACCCUCUGAAUGGCACACAUACACAAUCCAUGUCUCAAGGCUUCAAAAUCCUUUAUUAACCUGUCUCCUCCUCUUCAUCUACACCAAUUGAAGUGGAUUUAGCAAGCGUCAUCAAUAACGGAUCAAAGCAUUCGCCUGGUCAGUCUGUAAUGGAAAGAGCAGGUGUUAUUCAUGUUUUGUACACUCAGUGUAUGUGAAAUGCAGCACACAUUGGUACCAUGCAUUUUCAACGCCACAGAACGAAUAAUGCCAUGGUUUCAGUCACUUGUUGAUUGAUUGUUUUUGUAACAUCAAUGCCUUUUAUUUUUAACAAAGGUUUGGUUUUAAUGCAAACAUGGAAUUCAAAAUUAUUUUUACAUCCUGAAAAAACUGUCUAGGCCUGAAGUGGAGAAAAUUGUAAAGUGUGUAAUGUGUGCCAAGUCAAUGAUUAACCAAAUAGUAUUUGCAAGAGAUCUUGCGGAAUGUAAACAUAUUUUCCGAAAGUGUUUCCUUUCACCUGUUCUAUCUGUAUGACACAUGCUGUUGUCUUUUUCGGAAGUAGCCAAUUCAACACUGUUUCCCGAAUGCAAUUGUUUUUAAUGUAUUUUUUUUAUGUUGUUCAUUUGUGUUUAAAUGAGUGAUAACACAAUGAUUCUUGUACAUUCAGUUUUUUUUAAAUGGUGAACUGGUUCAGUGAGUCAUGUUUUAUUUGAAUAUGACAAAUAAACAAACUCGAACCUGACAACUUUUUUUGUACUAAUUAAAAAAAUGAUAAUUCUUAGUGAUACAUCCUUUGAAAAAAGUACCAGCCAUAUGUUCAUACCAAUUUGAAAGGAAAGAUCCCUUUUUUCCCACUGUGUAUCAUAUGCUUUGUCAUGUUUCCCAGUGUUUUGAUGGAUUUGGCAUCAUUAUGGUCUUUCCCCUAUGUGAGCCCUAUGCAUUUUUUGUUUGGAAGUCCUAGUAAAAUACACUACAUGACCAGAAGUAUGUGGACACCUGCUUGUUGAACAUCUCAUUCCAAAAUCAUGGGAAUUAAUAUGGAAUUGGUCCCCCCUUUUCUGCUUUAACAGCCUCCACUCUUCUGGGAAGGUUUUCCACUAGAUGUUGGAACAUUGCUGUGGAGACUUGCUUCCAUUCAGCCACGAGCGUUAGUGAGGUUGGGCACUGAUGUUGGGCGAUUAGACCUGGUUCGCGGUCGGCGUUCCAAUUCAUCCCAAAAGUGUUUGAUGGGGUUGAGGUCAGGGCUCUGUGCAGGCCAGUUAAAUUCUUCCACACUGAUCUCGACAAACCAUUUCUGUAUAGACUUUGCCUUGUGCCCGGGGGCAUUGUUAUGCUGUAACAGGAAAGGGCCUUCCCCAAACUACUGUUGCCACAAAGUUGGAAGCACAGAAUCGUCUAGAAUGUCAUUGUAUGCUAUAGCGUUAAGAUUCCCCUUCACUGGAACUAAGUGGCCUAGCCCAAACCAUAAAAAACAGCCCCAGACCAUUAUUCCUCCUCCACCAAACUUUAAAGUUGCCACAAUGCAUUCGGGCUGGUAGCUUUCUCCUGGCAUCCGCCAAACCCAGAUUCGUCCGUCGGACUGCCAGAUGGUGAAGCGUGAUUCAUCACUCCAGAAAACACAUUUCCACUGCUCCAGAGUUCAAUGGCGGCAAGCUUUACACCACCCCAGCCGCCGCUUGGCAUUGCGCAUGGUGAACUUAGGCUUGUGUGCGGCUACUCUGCCAUGGAAACCCAUUUCAUUAAGCUCCCGACGAACAGCUCUUGUGCUGAUGUUGCUUCCAGAGGCAGUUUGGAACUUGGUAGUAGUGAGUGUUGCAACUGAGGACAGACGAUCUUCAAUAACAGAACUUACAGUUGACCCGGGGCAGCUCUAUCAGGUCAGAAAUUUGACGAACUGACUUGUUUGAAAGGUAGCAUCCUAUGACUGUGCCACAUUGAAAGUCACUGAGCUCUUCGGUAUGGGCCAUUCUACUGCAAGUGUUUGUCUAUGAAGGUUGCAGGGCUGUGUGCUCGAUUCUAUACACCUGUCAGCAGCGGGUGUGGCUGAAGUUGCCGAAUCCACUCAUUUGAAGGGGUGUCCACAUACUUUUGUAUACACAGUAUAGUGUAAAUGCCACCAAUAUGACAAAAGGGUUUUGCUGCAAUGUAUGAUUAAGUGUUUUCCUUAUGUGUGGAUCUUGUUACAUGUUUAAUUCAAUUAACUGAGAAGUUUAAAUACUUUUCACAGACACCAGGUUCUGUUUUCAUUUAUCAAGUUGUGUUGAUGGGUAUCGUAUUUAGUGAAGAUAUUUUACAAAUGGGCUCCACCACAGUCAAUAGGCUGCUUACAGUGCAGGAAAUUGAGCCACUGGUAUGUUUAAAGAGGACAGACUAUAGACUAUGGUAACUUGUUAUUCAACAACCCUGUCCUUAGAUAGCCUUCUAAUCAGAUUUAACACCUACUGUCUCUUACUCAAUUCCAAUCAAAGCACUAUUGAGAGAAUUCUGUCUAGCUGCAUCACCGUCUGGUAAAACAACGACAUGCCCUCGACCGUAAGGCUCUACAGAUGGUGGUGCUGGCUCAGCACAGCCAUCGAGGACGUCUACAUCAGGCAGUGUCUGAGGAAGGCCAGGAAAAUCUGCAAAGACUUCAGCCAGCCCAGCCAUGGACUGUUCUGCCCACUACUGUCUGGCAAGCGGUACCGGAGCAUCAGGUCUCAAACUAACAGGCUCUGAGACAGCUUCUACUUCCAAGCAAUAGGACUAUGAACAGCUCAUCAAGAGCUGACUACCUCACCCAUCUGUACUGACUCUACCUGCACUGACUAUAUACACACUACCCACACAUCCACAAACACAUAUACUAAUACUCCCGCACCCCUCUACACACACACAGGACUACAUUACACAAAUGCCACCAGAAUCCCUUUCAUUGAUUGGUACUGAUACUGACCUUGCAUAUAGUGCAUAUUCUAACAUGUAUUUAUUGUAUUCUCAUGUGUACUUUUUAAUUAUUGUGUGUAUUUCUUUUAUAUGACUUCGUAUAACUGGAUUGUUGAGGAUCAUUGCAUCUAAAAAUCCAAGAUGCUGUGAAAUUGUGAAACUGCUUUUAUCUCAUUUACCAGUUGCUGUGAAUCAUGCUGCAUGUUAACUUGAUAGACUAGUGUUGAUAAGUAGUUUAAAUGUAGCCAA